GUUCAUGAACUUGCUGGUGCUGAUGACACACAGUAUAAAGCUGAGAGACUCCCAGAACUGGAGUCAAAUCUAAAAGCCUUACGACGCCACCAGAGAGACAACUCGACUGAGGAGCAAAACUAAAAGCCAUUGAAAAUGUUGAGCCUGCAUGGAUUCCAGCCUUCCCUCAGCUCAUUCAUGGGAAUGGACUGGCCAGUGCGCAGUCUCUGGCCGGAGAUCACAUCUCUUUACAGACACGGAGAGGAACUGCAGGAGCUGAAGAGAAGCCUGGAGCAGCUGGAGAAACUUCAGGAUAAGAUCCUUGAGGAGAUCCAACUGAUGCCACCCUCACAGGAGAUCUACCCAGUGGCCUGCACAAUAGAGAAAGAAGGAAGCGGCUUUGCUUUGACGCUGGACACUAAAGACUUUUCCCCAGAAGAACUGUCAGUCAGACAGGUGGGCAGGAAGCUGCAUGUCAGCGGAAAGAGUGAGAAGAAGCACGAGGAUAGAAAGGGGUCGUACUCUUUCAGAACCCAAGAGUUCAGGCGGGUGUUUGAUCUUCCUCAAGGAGUGAAUCCUGAGGCGGUGACCUGCUCCAUGGCUGAUGGAAAGCUCUAUAUACAGGCACCAGUAAAUCAGCCAUCAGAUGCCGCUGAGAGGAUGCUGCCCAUUGACUGUCAAACUGUGAAGACAACGCAGCCGGAGACAGCAGACACCAGCACCACCCAGACGAGCUGAAAGCAUCGAGGAUGA